UAAACAUGUCAGAACUGGAAGCGAUAGACGACUGUGAAGGACUCAUGUUCCAACAUGGACCUGAGGUUGAUUUUGGAUUCCAUGAACACCAAGUACACAUACAAGUGUCGAAUAUACACGAUCUGUUGUUUGUUGGACAAUGCAAGACGUUGUAUAUCUACAAGUUAAGUGCCUUUGCAUCCAGUGUAGUAAGCAAUGAGGCAUAUAGCCAACAUCUACUUGAUCGCAUAGAGUGCACUAGGGAGAUUGAAAAAAUAUUGAUCAACACUGAACGCAACUGCUUGGCAAUACAGUCGAUUAAUGAUAUCGAUAUAUAUGACUUCUCAAUUGGCACCUUUACAUCCGAGGCACAUUUUAAUGACCGCAUCGUGAGAUGCACCUGGAGUAAAAAUUGUAUUUUGGUAUUAUGCAGUGAUGAAGGCCUUUACUCAGUGUCAUUAACUGGUUCUAUAAGGACACUAUUGGAUAAAUGCAGUUGUUUGUCAGAUAUGGGUACCAAUGGUAGCCAUGCAGUGUGCCGAUUCCAGGAUGCUAUCUACGUGCAAGUGUUUGAUGAUGUGCCGUCAGACACUGGAUUCACUAAGGUCGAGUUGCCAGAAGGAUAUGAUGAUAGCCAGGUGACACACGUGGCGGGGUGUCAUUUGCUUAGAGAUGGCCUAGUAGCUAUAGGGAUUGUCAUAGAUAAUCAGGAUUCCCUAAUCCUGUUUUGUGAAUAUUUGAACGAUCCACAAACGAUUCACUACGCAUUCAACGAGCUAUAUCUAACGCCUAGUGAAGAAAAUGUUGCCAUGGAAUUCAUGUGGGUGGACAAGUGGCAAUGCCUGUUUGCAAUGUCCAACUGGUCAACCAUGGUGGUCAUAAUGUCGAACCACCCAAAUCUAGUGCCUGAUAAUCAAUGGCACGUAUUGAAUAUGAAGGAAGGUUGCGGAUUGGAAACCGUGGAUAUAGAUUGCUAUCCAACGGAACUGGUAAUAUGCACAUCAUAUCGGGAUACAGUGUAUCGCAAAAACUGCGAUGUGGACUCACCACUGUUGACUAACCCUUGCGUAUUCCUAAUGUCACAGGGAUGCUCCAAGGUUACACUCAAUUACGCUGAUAUAUGGUCAAUAGACCAGCAGUCAAACGAAAUUGAAAAGCUACCCACAUUGAUUGAUGGCCUUGAAGGACAACAUUAUUCUAGGUUCCAAAGAUAUAAAGCGGCUAAAAUAACGGAAACCGGUGUUCCAGAGGUAAAAGUAGAGAAAACAAGUAGUUUCGGAAUGUUUAACAUGGAAGCGUCAUUGACCGUUGAGAACUAUGUGUCUAGUGUAUCGGUGUCCUCUACUGCCGUAGGUCAUUCUACAUUGGAUAUGCCACGGGUAACACAUAGCGAGUCAUUUUUUACUGGUUACCUUGACAAGACACAGAAGAGUGAUUUUAUCCUGAAGGGCAUUAGUCGUAAAAACAGUAUCGAUGAGUUGAUGGAACCAUCGGGAGUUCCCACCAGUAAGGAUAGUGCACUGAUCGAUGAUAUCUAUAGAAAUGGUAUCAAGGAUUAUCUGAAAUUAAAUGUUGAAACCAAUAUACAACUACAAAGAAUGAGGCUAAUUGAAAUGCUGUGCAAUACAUUCCAGUUGUUUGAGCAGCAUCUACAGGAAAUUGAACAGAUGGAUGACAGUCCCAAGAUUGAGUUCAUACCCCCAAAAACAAAUGAAUGGACCGAAGAAAUAAAUUCCAUAAAAAAUAUUCAGGCUGAUAUCGUAGAGACCCUUAAUAAGGGAGUAAAUGAUGUAGCAAUAUUGACACCUGAUGAUGUUAGCCCACAAAUUGAUACUACCCAGAUACGACACCAACUUAUGGAUUUGUUCACGACUAAAAUAAGGUCUAAGAAAAUAGAAGUACCACUGGAUGAGCUAGAAAAUGCAAUAAAUUCAAUGAAUGAACGUUUGCUGUGCAUAAACAAGAAAUUGGAUCAAUAUGAAGAGAUGCUAGAUAAGCUCGAAAAUGAAAGGAUAUUGCAAAAAGUACCAGUAUACAAUAGUCGACCAUUACGUGAAGAAGUAUUGAUCCCAAAUGAUAAUGUAAAAGCCGAUAUAGAUAACUUAAUCAAUCAAUUGAGAGCAACUACAGUCAGUGACAGCAAUUGCGAUCCAAUAGAAUACAAGCAUGGUGGUCCAGUGUAUACUAACUAUGAUGCAUUGGCAAAACGAGUACUCUCGAAAUCAGAUAAGGCAUUAAAAAGUGAGGGCACGUCAACAUUGGGAACUAUAUAUUCCGAUGACACAUUCAAUUCCAGUGUAAAGUACCCAAGUGACGUGAAACCACUUUUCGGGCCAAGUUCCGCAAUGACGUCAACGGGUAGUACAUCUGGUUUUUCUUUUAGCAAAGGUGUAUCCAUUGAUAAACCAAUGAAUACACAGUCAAUAACGGUUGAAUCAACCAAAUCAGACCACAGCAAGGAGUUAAUGUCCAAUACAACUAAAUCGCAAAUAUCGGACAAUGUAGUGGAAUCUACUGGUAUAUUUGGUAAGCACACAGAUGGUAGCUUAUUCAAGGAGAAAUCAGAUACAGGAAAACAUAAUGACAAGACAAACACAGAUGACCUUAACGUAACAUUCUCAUUGAAUAGUGCCAAUAUCGGAAAGGCUACUGAAAAAAGUAGUGUAUCGGGUCAUAACUCUUUUUUCUCCAGUAGCGUGAUAAAUAGUGAUGCAUCGAAAACAGAUUUUACGGGAUCUGGUUUCAAGUUGGAUGCUCCAAAGCAAUUAGGCGAUUCUGUAAGUUCAUUUGGUCAAGUGUCACCUCUUUCCAAUAAUGGUGUAUUGCAGCAUCAAAGUUAUUCAUUCAGUGAUAUUGGAGCAUCGGGAACACUGAAAUUAGACACAGGACCCCAAAUACCGCUACCGAGUACUAAUCAAACCACUAGCUUCGCAACUUAUGCGUCAGGUUCUACAAUGACGUUUACGGAUUUAGCACUAUCGCAGGGAAACAAGAAUUCAUUUGGUAUUACAACAAGCCCUUUCGGGUCUAGCGGGUUUGGGAAUGCGCCCGCCACGGGUGGAUUCACAGGCCUAUCGGGGUUCAAAACAGGCUCCUUCCAAACUGAUAACAAUGUAAAGCCCUCUGGAUUCAAUGUAAACACACUGCUGGGCAGCAGUGCAACGUCGUCAGGAGGGGCUUCUAACGUUGCGUUCGGCGGCUUCCGCCGCAGCGAUCCACUAGAUUGAACAUUAUUUACGUGAACGUUUUCACUAACUAGUUUUGUGUAGCACCAA